AGUAGAUAUUUAAGUAUUUCCAAUUUCAUGCACUUUUGCCUAAGAUUGUACGUCCAAUACAUCCUUAAGGAUCUUAUUCACUUACUAUCUUGAAUGGAUGGCGUCGAAAGUGAGAAGAUACAAUAUGGAAUGUCUUGCAACGUACAAAAUAAAAAUGUUUCUCAAUAAAAUACCAUUUGUAAUUAAUAGAACAAACUUGUAAAAUAUAUUGAAAACUAUCCUUUUAUUUGGAUAAGCAAUAAAUAACACAUAUAUGAGUUAUAUCUAAUCAAGACUAUGUGACGACUACCGAAUUGAGAUAAAAAUUUGCUUUUAUAUGUUCAAUUAUAGCAAAAUAGGAGUCUUUAAUAGUACAAUUAUUUUAAAUGUACUUAAAAGCACUACAUUAAAACAAAAAAUGUACGUUGCAAGAUUGAUUUAGUUUUUGCCAUUAGUUUUUACGCCUUAUAGUUUACAGUUUUGCCAAGCGUGUGUAUACACGGACUAGGCGAUCAAGUCAACAGGAGCCUUAACAUAUUAUAUAUCCAAUUGUAGAAAAAUGUGUAUCUCGACAAACGUAGGAGAUAUAUGCGCUUUUGAGGACACACUCGACACGUUUAAACGAGUGCAAAUCAGAUGCAUCAGAUAUGACAAAAGUUAUUCUGAGGAUGAAAAAUUCGUAGAUGUAAGAUGUAUCGACAGUGGUAUUAUACAUGAACGUGUCGAUGUACGUAAAUUACUGCACAUGCCUGAGGAAUUAGCGAAUCUCCCAACACACGUUGUUGAAAUAUUUUUAUCUAAUUUAAUACCUUGGGACAAUGAAUGUACAUGGAAUCCAUGUACUAACGAACAGGUGCACAAGUGGUUCGCAGACAAUUUCGAGGAAAGGUCUUAUAUCUCCGGGAAAGUUUGCCUCCAUCUUGGAAAUACAAUAUGGUUAGACGAUUUGAAAAUUGGAACAAAGUUAAUUGACCAUCCCGAUUUAAUAGGAUCCUCUUUAGAAAAGAAACUGCGCCAAGGGAAUUUUGCAGUUUUUAAAGACGAUCACUUAUCAAAGCUGUUCGAACUUUGCAGAAACAGCGGGUUGACAGAAAUCAAUGGUCGCGACAUAAGUGCUGCAGAUAAAUGAAGAUGUUCACUAUGAGCGAUAUUCAUAAUCAGAUUUUAUAUUUAAAAUCGCUUUAAGAUUAUCUUUAGAUACUCCGUAGACAAUAAAACUUUCCAUAUCUCAUCUUAAGAUUUGACUAUGAAUACCGACCUAUGAUUUGUAUCUUUAAAAUAAUGAAUGACUUUAGAUGGAAAGUAUUGUUUUCUUAACACAUAUUUAUAAGAAAAGAUUGGCAUCUAUUUUCAUCUAUUUUGUAUUUUUUUUAACUGUGAACUUUGUAUACUAGUAGAUCUAGAGCUGUAAAAAUUUCCCUUGGAUCAUCCCGUAACAAAUACGGUUUUGUAAAUAUUUUUACAAUGCAAUGCAAAAUUUAACAUUUUAAUUUUAAUCCAAAAUAUGUAUUCUCCAUUAUUAUCUACAACUUUUUCCUAUUUUUCUUUUUCCGUUACUUCUAGAUACGAAAAAUGAAAGGAUCAGUGAAAUCGCUCUUUAUCCUGUAGGCAUACUUACUGUUGCAUUUUCUUUUAUUUUUCAAUAUUGUGAAAUCAAGAAUCAAAUUUUUUUUCUUUAGAAAAAAAGAAAUACAAGUGAUCAAAAUAAAUGAGAGGAGUCCUAGAGAUUUCGUAUCCAUAGUUGAUAAAUUUUUUGAGACUGUGUGUCAAAACUUAAUAAUAAAGUAUCAACUUAGCAACUGAAGAAUGCAAAACUAUUUGUUUUAAUCUUUAAAUAAUGAAUGUAAUAUGAAAUAACUGAACUUAGUACUAAAGUGUAUUUAAAACAUACUAAAUAUACUGGAUUAUUGAUAUAAAUAAUGAUCAAUUGCGCUUUUUUUAUUUGAUAUCGCGCUAUACUCUGUGUAUUUAUA